AUGGUGGAAGCUACCUUGAUUUCAAUACCUCUAGAGCUGGUCGAGAACAUUCUUGUAUAUUGUGUUGCAGAUGGUUCUUCAUCGUCUAUCGCGUCGCUUGCUAGCACAUGCCGCGCCUUGCGAGCAGUCAUCUACAACGCGUCCGACCAUCAUCUAUGGCGCCGAAUAUUCCUCACCACCUUCGAUGACCCGCGCAGGCCAUCUUCAGUAAAGCCAGAUGACUUCGAUUGGCGUGCAGAAUUCACGCGACGCCUCCAAGCGAAGCUCUUUCUUCAGCGUCAUACGCAGCCACUGCGCGUGCAGAGGGUAUACCACCUCCGCUCUAGAGUGGCAAUGUCCCUUGUCGACCUCACUCCAGCAUAUGACGACGCAAGCAGCGCCAGAGCAUUGCGCAGUAUCUUGUCGGUCGUGAGCUCUGCAGAACCAUGCAACAGCCAUAUCAAACAUACGCAAGACAGUGACGGAGUUACUACCCUAUCAGCUCAACCAUUGGCGCGGGCACACGCAGCCAGUCCCAUGUAUCCGCCUCAGAUCAAAGACCAAGACAUGUCACUCAACAUCCCCUGGCUCAAGACCGUGCUCUCCCGAGGCCUCCCGCCACCGCUCGUGAGUAAGAUCGCGGGCGAGCACCGUGACCCUGCAUGGGAUAAGUCAGCCGAAGCGCAAGCCCUCGGAGCGCUGCUCUGUUGCACUGGCUUCCUGCCCGUGCGCGAGGUGCACGAGGAACGCACCGGCCGGCUCUCCUCCGGGUCUGCGUCUAGCACGCGGCAGGAUACAUCGAAUAUGUCUGGCCUGCAAAUGGACGUACAAGAGCAGCAACGGCGCGCUUUGCACUGCGCACGCGAGCUUGUGUACAACAUGGCAUACCUCACUCGCCGUCAGCACUGGGGCCCGUUCGUUCCCGUAGACCCUGCGGCCGCUGAGGCCGUGCGCACAGAGGUAUCUACAAACCAUGCACAGGGAUACCUGCGACGCUGGGUGCGCACGCACUUUGAAAUGGACUCAGACUCAGAGGACGUCGACUACGUACCGCCCGGCGGCGACGGACGUUCAUUGUCGUCUGCUUCGUCUGCCUCGUCGAUAUCUCCGCCGACACCCAAACAUGAACCCGAGGCGCAAGAGGCGGUGCCCGCGCGCCGUCGCCGUCGCGUGCUGCCUGGAGCGCACGAGCUGUUGCCUGACUGGGCGUGGCUUGCAGCGGCGCGCAUUAUCUCGGAAGCAAACCUUCGCGAGCAGGGUGUCACCGAAGGGCUGGACGAUUUCAUAGAUUGGAACUCGUUGCGGCAGGGUGCAUGGCUGACCACUGUACAGCUCAAAUUCGAUAGCACCGAGGUAUCAGAGGAAAGUGAGAAGAAAAUUGUUGAGGGUAGCGUGCAAGGAUGGGACUGGGCCGGUGCUGAAGGGGUGUGGAGGCGGUGCGUAUCGUGGCUCGACUAUGCGGACCUCGUUCAUCACAGAUAUACGGGCAUUUCGACCCCGCGCUUGAGGAGUGCAUGCUUGUCGUGCCGCAGACCAUCCGUAUCGUUGGCUAUGACCCGCCCGCAGUACCUGCAUAUCCAGACCGCCCUACUAUCAGAAUUGAAGGAGAGAUGGGUGGUGCCGGCUGGCAGGGUGCACCCGAUGGUACGAAUGAAGACGUACGAUGGAUCCACGGCACAGUGAGCGUCGUCGCCGACGGUAGCAUUCGCUGGCGCAUCUAUUCCAGCGUCGAAGACAAUCCGCAUGAAGACCAGUGGGUGUCGGAAGGGAUACAGAUCGGGGGUGCAGGCUCACAAAUCGGUGUGUUGGGAAUGUGGACAGGAGCAAGUCACGACAUCGACGAUCCGCUGGGUCCGUUUUGGCAAUGGAGGGUUGCAUAAGUAACAUCAAAAUAUCGAUUGGAUAUGUGAUAUAUACAUCCGUUCGUCAUUUGUCAUUAGGUAGCACCCGAAAAUUGGGGCGUUAUGCAGUCCCGACAAGACAUACUAUCACUGCAAG